AUGGAGCCCAUCGCCAAGCGCCUCAAGCAGUCCGCCGAGAGCGCCCUGCAGCAGAAGAAGAAGGCUGAGGAAGAGGAGGACAUUGCAGACCGUAUCAAACGGCUGGAGGCAGAGCUUCAGGGCUCCGGCAGCGAAUCCAGCGACUCGGAAGACUCGGAUUCCGACUCCGACGAUGACAAUGACAAGACCAAGGAGGCUGCAGUCGUGAACCUCUCCGCCUAUGCGUCCGAGCGCAUUGAGGCGCUGCCCGAGAGUAUGCUACCGGCUGCGCGGCCCUCGUCCAACCUGCCGCCACCCAAGAAGAAGCGCAAGAAGACGCAGCAGGAGGAGAACGAGCGAGCCGCCAACAAGGCGCUCGAGAUGCUGGGAGACGCGCUGACGUUCCCCAAGAAGGUUCCGCUCGCCUGCAAGCCCUGCAAGUUCAUCGGCAAGGAUCUGGAGGACUUCAAGGCGCACAAAGCCUCCAAGGAGCACUUGGAGCGCGUUCAGACCGGAGACAAGACGCUGAGCUGCGUGUUGUGCAACAAGUCGUUCACGAGUCCCGCGCAGCUCGACGAGCAUCGCGCCGGUAAGUGGCACAAGCAACGCGCGCAGCAGAAGAAGGCGCGGCACACAGUGAAAGUCUGCUACGACUUUAUGCGUGGCGAGUGCAAGUGGGGCGACCGCUGCAACUUUGAACAUACCGAGACCAAGGCCAUGCGCUCCGGACGCGCGCUCGACAAGACGCGCAGACGCGUGUGCGAUAACUUUGCUCGGACCAAGAACUGCCGCUUCGGCGACAAAUGCCUCUUCUCGCACGACGCCAAAUAG